CAAAUAAUAAAAAGUGAUUCUCCCGAUGUCUUGCUUGGGUGGCCGUGAUGAUGAUGAUUCGGCACCGAGUUGGAGCAGUUGGAGGAGAAAAGAUCGAGUUCCGAUGCCGCUACCCCUGCACACUGCGCGAGACCCCUGUACAUUUCAGAAUCAGAAAAUACCUGACAGCUCGGGGAACUUGAAAGUCCGCAGCGCAAUGACAACUUCAUCUACAUAUCACUACUUAAUGAACACCAGAAUGCUUUCUUUAUAGCGAGAAUCUCAACACAUACACAUACACAUACACAUCAACAUCUGCUACGACGACGACGACAACUAUCACAGCAAUGGAUACAGAGAAGCAACUCGAGGCCGAAAGGCAAGCUGCUGCCGCGGGACCAGGCGCAGAUGGAGGAACAACAACAAUCGAAGGCCAAACCGCUGAACACCACACCCAGAACCUCGAAUCCUCCUCCCUCUCCUCCAAGAAUGUCCCCAAUGGCUCCCUCGACACCAGCAUCGAAGAAUCCGCCAUACCUCCUCCCACCUCGACAGAAACCAAGAAUGGCGCUCCCGCCUCCACGAACCCCGAAGACUCGAGGACGAAAUUCCAGACGACCGUUAUCAUGAUCUCCCUGUGCAUGUCUACCUUCCUUGCCGCGCUCGACAUCACCAUCAUCACUACCGCCCUCCCUACUAUCAGCGAGCAUUUCCAUUCGAACGCGGGCUAUACGUGGAUUGGUUCUGCGUAUCUGCUAGCCAAUGCCGCAAGCACGCCGUCAUGGGGCAAAUUCUCUGAUAUCUGGGGUAGGAAGCCGAUUAUACUUGUGGCACAAGGUGUCUUCUUUGUUGGAAGCUUGAUCGCGGCAUUGAGUGUCAAUAUUGGCAUGUUGAUCGUUGCAAGAGCCAUUCAGGGUAUUGGUGGAGGAGGACUUAUCAUCUUGACGAAUAUCUGCAUUGGGGAUCUCUUUAGUAUGCGCAACAGAGGUGCAUAUUAUGGGAUCAUUGGAAUGGUGUGGGCUUUUGCUUCGGGUGUGGGACCAAUUCUUGGAGGAGUGUUUACAGAAAAGGUAUCUUGGAGAUGGUGUUUUUAUAUCAAUCUUCCUUGCACCGGUUCGGUGUUUUUGGUCUUGGUCUUCUUUUUACAUCUACACAAUCCUCGAACACCGGUUUGGGAAGGACUGAAAGCUGUUGAUUGGGCUGGAAGCUUGACUAUUGUUGGUGGCACAUUGAUGCUCCUUCUUGGACUCGAAUUCGGAGGCGUUACCUACCCGUGGGCUUCUGCGAAGGUUAUCUGCUUGAUCAUUUUCGGCAUUGUGGUUGCUGGUCUUUUUGUCUUGAACGAAUGGAAGUUCGCACGGUACCCAGUCAUGCCUCUACGCCUCUUCAAGCAGAGCUCGAAUAUUGCCUCCCUAGGAGUUUGCUUCUGUCAUGGAUUCGUUUUCAUCGCAGGAACUUACUACCUCCCUCUCUACUUCCAAGCAGUCCUCGGUGCCACGCCACUCCUCUCAGGUGUCUACCUCCUCCCAUUCGUCAUGGCUCUAUCCUUCACCUCGGGCAUAACCGGAGUCUUCAUCAAGAAAACUGGCAAAUACCUCCCACCAAUCUACUUCGGCUUGACAAUCAUGACCCUUGGCAACGGCCUCUUCAUCAACCUCCCACUCACGGAAGGCUGGGCCAAAAUCAUCAUCUAUCAAAUCGUAGCAGGAAUCGGCGUUGGCCCACUCUUCCAAUCACCCCUCAUCGCUCUCCAAAGCUUGAUUCCCCCAAAGGAUAUCGCCACCGCUACCGCCACCUUUGGAUUCACACGCAACAUCUCUACAGCAAUCUCUGUUGUCAUCGGAAGCGUAGUCUUCCAGAACGAGAUGCAGAAACGCCACUCCUCCUUGGUUGCCUCGCUCGGCCCCACACUCGCCAAUCAACUCGGUGGCGGAAACGCUGGCGCGUCAGUAGGCAUCGUGACCGCGCUCCCUCCAGCACAAAGAGAGAUCGCUAGAAGGGCGUUCUGGGAAAGUUUGAGGAUUAUGUGGAUUCUAUACGUGGCGUUCGCUGCGCUGGGAUUGUUCAUCAGUCUAUUUAUCAAGAGCAACAAACUGAGCAAAGAGCACCAGACCGUCAAGACAGGAUUAGCGGAGGAGGAGAGAGCGAGGAAAGAAAGAGCCGAGCUGAAGAAAGCGGGCAAGGAGCAAGUAAGAGCCGAUAAAGAGGCUGAGAAGGCUGGGAAUCUGGUGGAUAAUGGAGAUGUAGCUGGGGCGAAGGUUUAGAGUUAGAUGGUUGGGAUAUUAUAUGCAUUUUCGGCGUUUUUGUGACGGGAGCAUAUAUUGUAUAGAUAUAGCGUUGGAGACAACACGUCUUGUUGGAUAUCAAAAUGGAUGUUUGGGCUUUUUUAAUGAGUAUGUAGUUUGUUUGUUUGAAUAGAAGGAUUG